ACUAGUUAUCCAAUGGAUCCAUCUCAGGGCGAGAAGACGAAGGUGAGAUCUCGCGGGAAAUAUACUACUAAAGCGUGCGAAGAAUGCCGGCGACGGCGAGCCAAGUGCGACGGGUUGAAACCUUCUUGCUCCAGAUGUCUUCAGUGGAAGCUAUCAUGCCAGUAUUCGGUUACUGAAGAUGGUCGUCGACCGGCUCCCAAGUCUUACGUCCUGCUUCUUCGGCAGCGUAUUGAAUCACUGGAGAAAUUACUACACCAGCAUGGCAUUGAUACCAACGACCAGGGCUCCCGACCCCCUGAUAGAAGCUUGGAUAGCAAGUUGGCCCAGGACCAAUUAGAUGACGCAUGCUCGGCAAUGGAUAGUCUGUGUGAGACUCUCAAAGGCCAGCUAUCUCUGGACGACUCGUUGAAUUUUGACAAUGAUGGCGAGAUGCGGUAUUUCGGGCCUACCAGUGGAAGACUCGGCUUUCAGGGCCCCUUGCCAAAGGCCAGUCCAGGCACUUCCGUUGCUGUUCCCGAGCUGGACCCAGUGCUCAAUAGCAUUGAUGAUUAUCUCGGCUUCACCGUUGAGAGCUCGGCUACUGGCAACGAAAUUCCUGCAUCCCUCCAAAACCAUCUCAUUGAUCUCUACUUUACGUGGGACCAGCCAUGGUACCCUAUUGUAGAUGAGACCCUGUUUAGAGAGAGCAUGAACAAUGGAGGCUGGUAUUGGACCCCAUUACUUCAUUAUUCGAUCCUUGCCUUGGGUUCUCGAUACUCAGAUAGCUUGGAAGUUCGCUUAGUCCCUGAUGAUCCUAACUCGGCUGGGCAAGGCUUCCUCACGCAGGCGAAAGAUCUGCUUCAGUCGGAAAUGGAACACCCGACUCUUGUGACCAUCCAGGCACUAGGGGUUAUUGGCCUUGUUUACAUUGCAAUAGGUAAAGAUGCAGCAGGCUGGCUACACCAUGGAAUGGCCGAUCGGCUCUGUCUGGACAUGGGGUUGAACAUCGAUCCCGCGGGCUUUGAAGGAACAGUGGCGAUAUCGGCCAGAGAAGCCCGAUUGCGAAGGCAAAUUUAUUGGACCUUGUACUGUCAUGAUAAGCUUUCAGCUACUUAUACAGGGCGAAUAUGCUCUAUGCUUGACCAACAAGGAGCCGUCGAGUUGCCAUCGGAUAUCGACGACCAGAGUGAUGCGAAAACACCCCUGCCAAUCCGGGAAGCCUUGAUACCUCUGCAACGAGCCAUGAUUAAGAUCUGUCAAAUUACAGAGAAGAUACUACUUUCAAUGUGGGCUCCCAAGCCUCUUAUGAAGGAGCCCGAGCGACCGGCAUUUUUCAAGUCCAGCCUUCUGGCCUUAAGAACCUGGUUUUAUGAUCUUCCUCCGGGGCUCCGGAUUGAUCGCCCCAACAAUGUGCCUCACGCAUACACGCUGCAUAUGAUCUAUCAUACCACAUCGAUUCUCCUUGCCAAACCGUUUCUCAUGCGAUCCAGCUCCGACUCCGUGCCUGCCGAUGGCAUUGUGGAGCAGGCUCGCUUAGUCUGCAGGGACGCAGCCAAGUCAAUGUGUCUGGUGGCUCAGAAGUACAGCCGUGUGUUCGGCGGUUUUCAGCGUAGUCCUAUUUCGGCUACGCAUUGCACGCUGUCCUCUGCUUGGGUCAUUCUAGAUGAACCAGACUGUCCUACGAAGCGCAAUCAGCUGCACGUGUGCCUGACUGUACUUGAUCAACUGGCUACAUCGUGGUAUCCAGCACGACACAUUGCGAAUAACCUCAGGAAGCUUUCAAUUGUCCCAACCGAGGUGUCCUCGGAGGGUGACAUUACUGCGGAAGCAAUCGGUGUUAAUAACCCUGUCCCAUCUACGUCUGAAGUACUGGGCACUUCCAGCGAGGAGGCUAGAUUGGACCUCCAUAAUCCUUUUGGACCUGGUUUUACCGCAUGGAGCCAAUUGCCAGAUGACUACGGGUACUUUGACCUGUUGAAUCAAGUAGCAUGGGAUCGUUCA